CGGAGGGAGCCAGGCCCAGCCACCAGCUCUGGCUUUCCUUGCUCGGCGCCAUGACCUUCUCCAAGCUCGUGGACAGCGUGAACAGCAAGGGCCCCUUCCAGUGGCUCAUCGUGGUCCUGCUAGGCCUCCCGAUCCUCAGCAUGGCCAGCCACAACCUGCUGCAGAUCUUCACAGCCGCCACCCCCGCCCACCACUGCCGCCCACCCCCCAACGCCUCCGCAGGGCCCUGGAUGCUCCCCACCGGCUCCAAUGGGAAGCCUGAGACGUGCCUGCGUUUUGUACAUCCACCCAACACCAGCCUGCCCAACGCCACCCGGGGGGCCACCGAGCCAUGCCUGGAUGGCUGGGUCUACAUCAGCACCAGCGACUCCAUUGUGACUGAGUGGGACAUGGUGUGCGACUCUAAGAAGCUGAAGGAGAUGGCCCAGUCUGUGUUCAUGGCGGGCACACUGGUCGGGGGCAUCGUCCUGGGAAGCCUGUCUGACAGGUUUGGCCGAAAGCCCAUCCUGUCCUGCAGCUACCUGCUGCUGGCGGCCAGCGGCUCUGGCGCGGCCUUCAGCCCCACGUUACCCGUCUACAUGGUCUCGCGCUUCCUGUGUGGCAUCAGCUUGGCAGGUGUUACCCUGAGCACCAUGAUCCUGAUUGUCGAGUGGGUGUCCACCCGGCUGCGGGCCAUCAUGACGAUCUGGAUCGGCUACUUCUACACCUUUGGCCAGUUCAUUCUGACCGGUCUGGCCUACGCCAUCCCCCAGUGGCGCUGGCUACAGUUUACCGUGUCUGUUCCCUUCUUCGCCUUCUUCCUGUUGUCCUGGUGGAUACCAGAGUCCAUACGCUGGAUGGCCCUGUCUGGAAAGUCUCUGAAAGCCCUGAAGAUCCUCCAGUGGGUGGCUGCCUUCAACGGCAAGAAGGAGGAGGGAGAAAAACUCAGCCUGGAGGAGCUUCAACUCAACCUGCAGAAGGAGACCUCCUUGGCCAAGGCCAAGUACAGCGCAGCCGACCUGUUCCGGACCCCCUUCCUGCGCCGUGUGACCUUCUGCGUUUCCCUGGCCUGGUUUGCCACCGGUUUCUCCUACUACAGUUUGGCUAUGGGUGUGGAAGAGUUUGGAGUCAACCUCUACCUCCUCCAGAUCAUCUUUGGCGGGAUUGACAUCCCAGCCAAGUUCAUCACCUUCCUCUCCAUGAGCUAUCUGGGCCGGCACACGACCGAGGUCACCAUCCUACUCCUGGCAGGGGGGUCCAUCCUGGCUCUCAUCUUAGUGCCCUCAGACUCGCAGACCCUGAGGAUAGUACUGGCUGUGUUUGGGAAGGGAUGCCUGUCCGGCUCCUUCAGCUGCCUCUACCUCUACACGAGUGAGCUAUACCCCACAGUCAUCCGGCAAACAGGCAUGGGCAUGGCUAACGUGUUGACUCGAGCGGGAAGCAUGAUGGCCCCACUGGUGAAGAUCACGGGGGACGUGCGUCCCUUCAUCCCCAAUCUCAUUUUCGGAACCAUCGCCCUCCUGGGAAGCAGUGCUUCCUUCUUCCUGCCUGAGACCCUCAAUCAACCGUUGCCAGAGACUAUCGAAGACUUGGAAAAAUGGUCUCCAAGGGCAAAGGAGCCGAAGCAGGAGCCAGAAGCAGAAAAAGACUCCCAGAGGAUCCCUCUGCAGACUUGUGGACCAGACCCCGGCCCCAGCUGAAGGCAGCAGACCUCCCUUUCCCUGCCUCCAGAGACGAAUCCCAGCCAGGUCUCUGCCUGCCUCUGGGCUCCACGGGCAUCUUGGGGGAGCCAGGGCAAGUCCAUGCUCUUAGAACAAGUCUUCUGAGAUCUCGGUGAAAGUAUCUCCACCACCAUCACAUCUCCCAGCCCAGCCCUGACCAGUUCAAAGAUUCCACCACCAGCCUUCCCAUACCCCUUGCCUCGUUCUCUCUGCAACCCAGGCCCUGCCAGUCUUCGGUCCAGCCUUCCCCACAGUACUGUCCCUGUUGUUCCAGCUCCCUUCCCCUGAAGUCCUGGACCCUCGGCUCAAUCCUAACGAAGACAGCCUCCCUCCCUGUUUUGCCCUCCACCCCU